CAGCUCUGUGAUUUUGCCCUGCAGUUAAACACAUCGACAAGUCAUUAGUAUAAGUCGUCGAACUGAAAGCUAGGGUGUAACACAAUAUCUGAAGCAAUCGAGAUUUGGUCUGCCGGGAGAUCAUCACAGUGUCAGUUGGUUUGAAGAGGGCUCGGAGUUAAGGUUGCGCACAAGUUCAGCACUCCACAACAACUCAGAUCCAUAAGCAAAUUGAAAGCAUUCAGCAAUGGAGACCAUGAUUCAUCUAGUGGCCCUUUCCACGCUGAUGACUCUACAAAUUCUUUGUUUCUUUGGAGGAAUCCAGGAAGUAGGCGGUGUAUGCAGCAGAACAUUCGAGUGCCCUACCGGUGAUUCUGGAAGUAAUCCAGUCUGCGGUAGUGACAGAAGGACGUACAGCAGUCGUUGCACUCUUCAGCUUGCAAAGUGCAAUGGGCACAGAGUCAGAAUGGCAUAUAAGGGAAGCUGUAAAGGUACAAGACCAUCAGUGCCACAACGCUCUCACAACCUUGUAGUGACCACUACAACCAAGUGUCUGCGUGAGAGACAGGAAGCACUAUCAAAUGCAAGAGCAAAAGAUCUCAUCAUGCUUGGUGUCUUUGCCCCUAAAUGUGAGGCUGAUGGCAGCUUUAGUCGAGUGCAGUGCUUAAACUCAUCAGGUUAUUGUUGGUGUGUAGACCGCGAGGGUAAAGAAAUGUCAGGAACCAAAGUGCGCCAGCGUACACCACAUUGUCCCACAAUAAGAGCACACAGUCAGCCAUCAGAGAAACCAUCAGGAAAAGGCUGGAAGUCGGUAAAACCUUGCAUUAAUUGUAAAGGUUGUCCAAGAGAUGCACGCACUAAUUUUAAUGAUAAGCUUGUGAAAUUCUUAUCGAAGCAAUUCAUGGAAUAUGUUAAAAAAUCUGCAUCCAGCUCAGGACAAGUUCAAGGUCAGUCAAGCAGUAUGGGUAAAGUCCAUCUUUUACUCUGGAAGUUCACACAUCUUGACACCAAUGCUGAUUACAUGUUGGAAAUGAAGGAACUCCAUGCUUUCCUCAAGAUUACAAAAAAAACCAUUCACCCUAAAAAGUGCAGCCGCACUUUCAUGGCUUACUGUGACAGGGAAAGAGACCAUAAAAUUUCACUCAAUGAGUGGUACUUUUGCUUUGGAGUGAAAGAAAUUAAGAAGUGUAGUGGUGAAUAUCUCGCAGCGCUGAAAGCAAGUAGGCAUUCUUCCAGUGAAAACCAACCAUACUUGCCUCGUUGUGCCACAGAUGGUUCAUUUACUCCAACCCAAUGCCAUUACUCCAUUGGUUACUGUUGGUGUGUUGAUAUCGACACUGGCAAACCAAUUCCAAAUACGACAACAAAAGCUACAUCUUUGGACUGCCGGAAGUACCUGUCAAAACAGAAUGCAACUGGCUUAGCAAAGAAAGAAUGUGCUCAAGAUUUGUGGACAUCAUUUAGGAAACAAAUGCUGAGACUGUUCAGGAGAGAAGUGGGUGAAGACUCUCCAAAACAUGAAGAAGAUCAAGUUGAAUCAAUAAGAAACCAACGCAGAAGUGCCAGAUCAGGAAACCUUCAACUUUUUGGCACCUUUCUAUCAGAUAAUCAAGUUUUAAUCUGGAAGUUCAACCGAUUGGACAGAAACAGGGACAAACUGCUUGUGUCAAGUGAGUUUCUCACAUCGACCAUGAAGAAAAUUCUUGGAAACGUUAAACGAGGACGAAAAUGUGGCAAAAAGCUGUUGGUUGAUUGCGAUCUUGACAAAGAUAGAGGUUUAUCAAUGAUGGAAUGGACUCUUUGCCUAAGAAUAUAUGAUCGUCGCAUGCCGCUGCAGUAGUUUGUGGAUAUCAUCAUGCAAGUGUGAUUCAUUUCGCAAGAUCAAGAACACGGCAGCUUGUGUCCAGCACAAGAAAGCAGGCCCAGAUUAGUAGAAGUAUGGACUGGUGAUGCUGCAACCUCUAUGUAAAACAUGAUGAAAAUAGUCUUUCUUGUAGUUUCCAGGCCUCCUGUGCUUUUCACACAGGAAAAGUCAGUAAAUGAUUUAGUUGUGUCCUAUUCCCAUGUAAGAUGUUUCAGUUGAUCUCUCACCAAAAUACAAGCAGACAAAAAAACAAAUUUAAAGAGAGAUCAGAAUUCAACAAGAUGCCAUAAACGAGGUUUGAGAAGGAAAUUUCUGAAAAGAAGUAAAAAUCCUGUUUCUUUUUUUAUACAUGCAAUUUAAUUCCAAUAACUUUAUUCUCUGAUAUUUUGAGCUUUGAACUUUGUAUUUGAAUACUGCAGGGAAUUAUUAUCAUGACUUAUACUUCACCCUGUCACUCCCAAGAUCUUAUCAGUAAUUCUCCUUACCUUCUGACAUACAUUUCUUAUGAUAUUAGUUUGGAGAACUUGGUAUUGCAUCAACUUGCAAUCUCCUCAUUGUUAUAUUUCUUUAUUCUUAUCACUUGUGUGCUUGAUAUUGUCUUGAUGUUGGUUGCUCAAGGGAGUUUAAGGGUUAAACUUAAUAUGUACCACCGUUAGCAUUACCUCAAGAGUGACUACCAUCUAAUUUCUCCCUACAAUAUUACUCCUGAAUCAAACAUUAAGGUGACAAGAAUGAAGAAAAUCAGAUAACCAACUGAAGUACCUGCUGAUUGUUAAACAAAUUCUCCUUGUCAGCACCUUAGGAAAUGUAUAGAGAAUUGUAUGGAGGAUAUGCAUACUGAUGUUAAACAAAUCAGAUGCAGAAAUUAAGCAUUACUAAGCAAUUUUGAUUUGCUUACUUCUUUUCUGUGGACUUCGAGAAAUUUACAACUUAAAAUAAUUUGGAAUGGUCAAUCUUAUGAUAGUUUCUUGUAUUCUAAUCAAUGCAGCAAAAACCAGCCAUUCAGUGGGAAAUUAAGAUAAAAACAGUGUCAACGCAUAGUACCAGCAUAGCGUACUUGGACAAAUCUCACAAGAGACAGUUUUUAUUAAUAUAUAUAUAUAGAAUAACAUUAUUCUGUGUUGUACAUAAACCCUAGCAGUGCAGGAGCUUCUAGGAGAUAAGGGUUUUUAAAUUAUGAGGUAACAUUUCUUUGCAUGUACUAUACUCAAUACAUUACAAAUUGGUACAUGCUCCUAUACAGUAAUUAUUCAACUAACUGAGGUACAGCAGAAACAGUGAAAUUUGAUAAAGGAGCAGCUUAACUGCCUGACAACCAUAUGCAUGGCUUAUUUUACCAUUGCCAAUAAAAUUAAACCCACAAAGUGACAGUUGUUGCUUGGAGAUACACCUUUCACUGCAAUCCACUUCAAGUUUCAGAGUGAGUAGUUUACAAAUACAUUUUGAUUAUCAAAUAUCAUUAACAAGGAAACUAAGUUAAGAAUAUUUUAACCCACAAUGGAAAUGACAGAAUCGAGAAGCAGCAGCAGUAUGUGGAGACCUUCAUUGGUACCCAUAGAAAACACAACAAACCGGUCUUAGAAUAGGAAAUUAUACAGAUUUUGCAGUAGUAGAAAAUGACUUUCUCAUUAAAAAUGUGAUAUUAUUAAAUAUUGUUAUAAUCAACUAUUUAAAGAGACCUUUGCAAGAACUGGCAGUUCUUUAGAAAAGUAGAGAAAAUUGUCAGUUCAAUUCUUAGAGAAUUGGAUCAGGCAGCUUCAUGAUAUGGAUACAUAAUUUUAAAGCUAUCAUGGCUAAUCAACAGUCAAUAUUAAUAAUGAUUGUCAAUCUAUAUAAAUAAAUGACUAGAAAUAUUCAAACAAACUUAAUAUA